UGUCCCUCACUUUGGGUUUGUCUUAUGUUUUCUCAUGAGUGAAGUACAUUUUUGGCAAGAAUGCCACAGAAACGUUGUGUCCUUCUUAGUAAUUGUCUCACACGGUUCAGGAUGUGGAUACUGAUGUCUUGUUACCUCGGUCACUCAGUUCAGGUGGCUUCUGCCACCUCUACUGCGUUCUGCUUGCUCUCCUGUGAAGUUCCUAUCUUCCCUUGUAGUUAAUAAAUAUCUUGGGGAAAAUACUUUGGAACUGCGUAAACUCUGUCCCUCUCGAACUUUCACCCACUGAUUUUAGCAUUCAUUGGUGGGUCUUGUCUACAACAGUUAUCAUGGUGAUAUUUGUCUAGGGCUGAUUUUCAAUCUCUCUCUUUCCUUCUGCAUUUAUUAGUUGGAAUUCCACUGUACGGAAGGGCUGGCCUUCCUCCCCCAUUUAUUUAUUUAAUGGAUUAUUUAGUUAUGUUAGUGUGAACUCGUGAAUGUAUUUUAUUCUUUGGGGACCAUCGUCAGGACCAUCGUCAUUCACUUUUUUGCUCAAAUUGUUCCAGUUUUAGCAAACCGUGAUUUGUUGUUGUUUAGUUCAUUCCACUUGCUCCUUUCUUCCUUUUUGGUGUGAUCUUUGAAAAGAGAUUAAAAAGGUCAACAGGGAUCAGAAAGGUCCCUCACCCCUGUGGUUAAACGAAACUAUGCCCAUUAAUUUACAGGAUCUCCCGAGGAGAAGACCGCCCCCACAGGCCACUCCCUUGGCCAACCCAUUCCAAUAUUGAAACCAGUGCUGCUCGGAAAUAUCCUUUCUGAAACGAAUCAAGCUCCUUUGAAAAUUUAUUUGCUCUUGUUUCACUCCUAGGAGAGACCCAAAAAAAUUGUUGGGAGACUAGAUCAUGGCAUGUUGGCAUCUAAAAAACCCAGGGUCGGGCUUCCCUGGUGGCGCAGUGGUUGAGAGUCCGCCUGCCGAUGCAGGGGACGUGGGUUCGUGCCCCGGUCCAGGAAGAUCCCACAUGCCGUGGAGCGGCUGGGCCCGUGAGCCAUGGCUGCUGAGCUCCGCAGCGGGAGAGGCCACAACAGUGAGAGGCCCGCGUACCGCAAAAAAAAAAAACCCAAACACACAAACAAAAACAAGAACAAAAACAACCCAGGGUCAAUUUGAUAGAAACCAAGGCCUCCUAGUCUGCUUCUCCAGGGUCUGCCUUGUUUCGUAGAUACGGCUCUGGGAGGACAGACUCCAGUCACCCUCACUAACGAUCUCAAGUGCGUCUUGAAACUUAGCAGCCUCUUGAGAAGGGAGCCUUGAACGCUGAUUCUAGCACUGUUUCCAGUUCCCGGACCCUGCACCCAGGAGACCCAAAGAUGCUGGUGACCCGAGGGAGACAAGGCUUGUCCUGCCGGACUCGUGCUCGACCCCAGACAGAGUUGUGAGGAGCUGUCGUGCGCGCUCAUCUAUCAGGGUUCUCACACUUCUUUAAACUUAGUCAGCCUAGGCAGGGCAAAAGACCUACCGCAUCGCUCCUGCUUUAUAGAGAAAAAGAAAUUGGAGAGGAAUAAAGCUUUGGAGAGGAACGAAGUGGCAAUCAACAUGGUAACGUGGCAGCAGUUAUGCAAAAAUAAUAGGAUCAACAAGAAAAACCAGACAUUGCCUAGUACAGGAGCAGCAACUCAGAACUGACUCAGACUUACCCCACUGAUCCUGGACACUGGGAUCCCAGAGGCUCCCCUGCGUCAGGACACAGGAGGGCUGAGAAGCAUCGCCAACAGCUGCGCGGCAUCCGGCUUCUCAGAAGACCUCGGAGCCGGCUUUGCUCAGGGGUCUCUCAAUCCCGUCCCCUUCAGGAAACUUCCUCGCUCACCGUGAAUACUUUCUUAAGGGUAAAUCAGGGCUUGCUGUGUGUUAGGCCCUUUACUCAGAUCUCCUGAAACCUCCCACAACUUUGCAAGGUGAGAAAAUAGGACUCUUGGAAGCUGGACACCUUGUUCACGGCCUCAGCCUGGGAAGGGGUAGGAGCAGGACCCAGACCCUGGACCACGGAGCCUUGGAGCCCGAGCAGCCUCCACGCACUCUGCACAUCCGCCCUGGUGGGGCUGGGGCUCCGAUGACUCCACCCUCCGCCGUCCUCUUCCCCAUCUGUCAGCUCUUGUGCCCUGAUGGGGGUAGGACUUCGCUUUGCUGUGAACCUUGACACUUCCUUUUCUGUGUUGGUGGAGACAAUUAUUUAAAAAAUCAAUUCUAGCACAUUAUUUAAAACUUCAAAUAAUACUAAAGCUUAAAAAGCUUUACUUCCUCUCCUGACCCCAACCCCACUCUCCAAACGUAGCCACUAAUAACCGUUCGGCGAACACUUCUUCAGACUUUUCUAUAUGCAGGUGGAAUGGAUAGCAGGGUCUCGAGCACAACCAGUAAUGGAGAGACAAAACCAGUGUGCCCAGGCAUGGAAAAGGCGGAGGAGGCUGGCGGCCUGCAGCGGGGGCACUGGAACAACAAGAUGGAGUUCGUGCUGUCCGUGGCCGGGGAGAUCAUCGGGCUGGGCAACGUCUGGAGGUUUCCCUACCUCUGCUACAAAAACGGGGGAGGUGCCUUUUUCAUCCCCUACCUCAUCUUCCUCUUUACCUGUGGCAUUCCUGUCUUUCUCCUGGAGACAGCACUAGGCCAGUACACCAGCCAGGGGGGCAUCACAGCCUGGAGGAAGAUCUGCCCCAUCUUUGAGGGUAUCGGCUAUGCCUCCCAGACCAUUGUCAUCCUCCUCAACAUCUACUACAUCAUCGUCCUGGCCUGGGCCCUCUUCUACCUCUUCAGCAGCUUCACCAUCGACCUGCCCUGGGGGAGCUGCCGCCACGACUGGAACACAGAGCACUGCGUGGAGUUCCAGAGGGCCAGCAGCUCCGUGAACGUGAGCUCUGAGAACGCCACCUCUCCCGUAAUCGAGUUCUGGGAGAGGCGGGUCCUGAAGAUCUCGGACGGCAUCCAGCACCUGGGGGCCCUGCGCUGGGAGCUGGCCCUGUGCCUCCUGCUUGCCUGGGUCAUCUGCUACUUCUGCAUCUGGAAGGGGGUCAAGUCCACGGGCAAGGUGGUGUACUUCACAGCCACCUUCCCUUACCUCAUGCUGGUGGUCCUGUUGAUUCGAGGGGUGACGCUGCCUGGGGCCGCCCAAGGAAUUCAGUUUUACCUGUACCCAAACCUCACGCGUCUGUGGGACCCCCAGGUGUGGAUGGACGCAGGCACCCAGAUCUUCUUCUCCUUCGCCAUCUGCCUAGGGUGCCUGACGGCCCUGGGCAGCUACAACAAGUACCACAACAACUGCUACAGGGACUGCAUCGCCCUCUGCUUCCUCAACAGCGGCACCAGCUUCGUGGCCGGGUUUGCCAUCUUCUCCAUCCUGGGCUUCAUGUCCCAGGAGCAGGGGGUGCCCAUCUCUGAGGUGGCCGAGUCAGGCCCUGGUCUGGCUUUCAUCGCCUACCCCCGGGCUGUGGUGAUGCUGCCUUUCUCGCCCCUCUGGGCCUGCUGCUUCUUCUUCAUGGUCGUCCUUCUGGGACUGGAUAGCCAGUUCGUGUGCGUGGAAAGCCUGGUGACGGCGCUGGUGGACAUGUACCCCGGUGUAUUCCGCAAGAAGAACCGGAGGGAGGUCCUCAUCCUGGGGGUGUCUGUCACCUCCUUCCUCGUCGGGCUCGUCAUGCUCACAGAGGGCGGUAUGUACGUGUUUCAGCUCUUUGACUACUACGCAGCCAGUGGCACGUGCCUCCUGUUCGUGGCCAUCUUUGAGUCCCUCUGUGUGGCGUGGGCCUAUGGUGCCGGGCGCUUCUAUGACAACAUUGAAGACAUGAUUGGGUACAGGCCGUGGCCCCUUAUCAAAUACUGUUGGCUCUUCCUCACACCGGCUGUGUGCACAAAGGAUCAACUGAGGGCCAGAGCUGUCAGACUCGACCCCACAGUGUGAGUCUAAUGUGGCAGGUGCAUCGGGCUGCUGAGAACAAUACUGAUAAGCACCGAUAACAGUAGCAGUUCCAGAGCACUUACUUCCUGCCGGGUACCAAAUGCUUUACGCGUUUAACCCAGUCAAUCCUCACAAGAACCCCACGAAGUAAGAAUUACCAUUAUAUUCACUUUUCAGGUGAAACGGAAGCCCCAGAGGUUAAGCAGUUCGCCCAAGCUGGAAGGUGGCCGAGAGCUGGGGCUCAAGCCCAGGCAGCUUGGCUCCGGAGUCUGGGCCUGAGCCACUAAGCGCUGCUGCUCUGGCUUUACCUGUGUCAGCAGCACCCACUGUGUGCCAAGUAUGAUGAGGCCGGGGCGACCCAGGCAUGACCCCUGCCCUCCAGGUGCUCACGGCCAGGCACAGAGCCAUGUCCCAGUUGAGGAUGCCCAGGGGCACAGGGACCCUGGAGGGACAGGGUGGGUGCCCCGGAAGUACCUCCUGGGGGUGUGGAUUUUGAGCAGAUGUGGAUGGAGUUCGGAGGCAGACUGGCCCAGCUGGUCGGGGGGACCCAUGCUCCCCCAGCCGCGUCUCUUCUCCUCUCAC